AUGGAUCUGCGCAACAUCAUGAAUAAUGAUGCCAGCAGUGCUGCGAAACCUCAAGCUCCCACACUACAACAACCCCCACUGCGACAGACAUCAGAACCAGUUAUUACCCCGAGACCGAGCGAGAUUCUAACUCCAGGUUCAUCCUAUCAAUCAAAUCAUUUCGCGCGCCCGCAACAACCUCCCUCGUUACAGCCACCUCACCACUCCCCUGGCGCAUCCUCGACGUACAGUUCAAUCCGCUCUCCUUUUCAACACAACUCGACUAUACCGCUGAAUGGAGGACCUCCUUCUCACUAUGCACAAAGCCCACCGCCGCAACCAUACCAGACCCGAGAUUCUAACCCGGCCACUCCAGUCAGCCCUGCAAUUUUCACACAGCCAUCGUUAGCUUCGCCAUAUACACCUCAAGCCAAUUCAGCAACGCAACAGCAGCAAAAACAACAACAAUCGUACUUUAAUCACCCUGGUUCACAGCAGUCAGCCCAUUUUACCCCAGGCCCUCAGUCUAGCUUCACCUACCCGCCGCCUCACGCAAGCGAAAGUCCUCGGCCGGUGAAUGCUCAACGACCACUUCAACCUCAGCUAUCACCUCCACCUCCACAGCAUUCUCAACCUGGAACACCACUCGGUCCGCCUGCCACAUCGUUCCCACGUCCCCCAUCUGAGUCUACGCGUCCUCUAUCCGCCGAAAGUACACCCGCUCAAGCAGCUAAUUCAUGGAAUCCUCACGACUCACAUGCAUCUGAACAAAGAACGGGCUAUCAACAAGGCUAUCAGGCUGCUCCUCCACCACCCAAAGAUUUGAGACAGAGCCAUAAUUCAUAUCCGCCGGAAUCCGACAGAGAAAGGAGUGCUAGUAUUAGUCCCAAAACCAUCGUCUCACGACAGAGUCUAUCCCAAGAUCGAGACCCCGUUGCUUUACAUCGGACUAGUACAGAAGACGAUCGCUGGCGUCAGAGUCCUUCUGGCAGUCAGUCUUACAACAGCUCGGUUCCAGAUCACAGGUACCCAUCACACACCCACCAGCAAGAUCAUCCUCCACGCUCUCAAACGUUGCAGAUGAGCAGCUCUCCAAUGGCGAGACCAACGCCGUCUCGUGAGCCUUCGACAACAUAUAUUCAAUCCAUUAAAUCCGAGAUCUCAGAGCCAUCGGAGAUUUCAGGACGACCGCCGAAACGGAAGAAGAUGAGGUACACUGAGCCUCCGAUAUAUGCUCGAAGAGUGCCUCGAGGUUCUGCGAAAUGCCCAAUGAUCCCAAACCCCAGACCGCCCAUUCCAAAACAUUCAUCCGCGCGAUUCGCCGUUCCUUCGCGCUCGACGUCCGUGCAGCGAUCUAUCGCAUCUCCGUCCAGGUCAAUACAAACUCCUGUGAGACCCGCUCCUGUCAACGGUACCACCCCUCUCAGUAGCCGUCCUGUCCCUCCGCCACAGCCAGAGCAGGUAUAUGGACCGUUGGGGCCUUGGGAACCAUCAAUUUCUGGAAAGAUACCGUACGAAGAAAUCACAAAAGUUGUGUGCGAUUUUCUUUUCAAAGAGGUGGUCCUCAGGCGAGAUAUUGGAGCGGGAGCCGCUGGAGCUGCAGCAACAGGGUCGGGGGCAAUACUAGAAAUUGAAGCCAAGUUGGGACGAAUCAUGGAUAAGGACCGGAGAGAGCGUCUACGCCUACCAGUUAUGACCGAAUGUAUACUACAAACCGGUAACACGGGAUUCCACACUGCUUUUGAAAGUUCUAUGAGUUUGGAACAACAUCGGGUCAUGAACCAUUUCCUGAACGAAGCUGUCAAGGCUUCCAUGCCGCAAGCUGGACUCAAUCGCAUCCCUUUAACAUAUGCGCACAAGAGAGAACGCGAUACUUUUUAUGAAGUGCCACCUCAAGAACUACCACCCCUCAUACAAAACUACCUUAACCCACGACACAAACCCAAAGUGCGAGUAACUACCGAUCAGAAAACGGGUGAAGUACUAGCAAAAAUCAUUAAAUGUCGGCUAGCGGACUUGGAUGUAUAUAGUCCACGCACAAACGUCGAUUGGCGGAUAUCUGUCAACCUCGAAAUGAACUACGACCGAGAUGUGCGCAAUUUCCCAAUUGCGGACGGUGGGACCCGGAGGGCAGGUGGUGAGAGAAUCAAAGAUCGUAUGAGCUAUCGCCAUUUGGCCUACCAAAUUGAUCUUACGCAGGUGGGGACAGCAGAUAGUGCCACCAAGGGUGAUUUCGAGCACGAGCUUGAAGUCGAGAUUUCAGCAGCAGAGGUACGACGACAAGGCGAACUGGCUAUGGAAGGGAACGAGAGAAAUCAAUACGAAAACCUCAUCAAAGGCUUUGUUGACAACGUUCGAUUCCUUGCUCGCGCCGUUCCUAAUGCAUGAGUCACUACUUCAAUAUUUUAUUCGGAAAAUAACAAAAGCACAAGAAAUUGAAAGGAGAAAAAAAGGAGGGCAAAAAAAAUCAUGUUUACAUGUUGAGGUUCUACAAACAGGCGCGACGAAUUUCUUUUCAUUCUAACCAUUAAUAUAGAGUGCGAGUCUAUUGAAAUGGUAUCUCGCGCUGUGAGAGAUGCACACUUUAUGAGCAGUUUUCCCACCUAUUUCAUCUACCUUGUCUUCAUAUAUUUAUUUUUCUUCUUGGAUUCUUGCCAUGUGAACAUUGAUGAUCUUAUUAAAAUAUUAAUAUGGUGCGUUUUGGCUUCCUCGGUUUUCUUGAUAGCUGAGAAGCAAUGGCCAGAAAA